UCACGUGGCUACCUCCCAGCUUAGGCUGCAUGAGAGGGGUGCGGGCUCCCGCGGUCCUGCUCGGCGGAGGGCUUCAGGGACCUUUCCUUCGGGGUGCAGAAGAGGGAGGGCAGAGUCCGAGUGUCCCAACGAGGGGUUUCUGGGGUGCAGUUGCUGUGGUUUGUGGGGAGACACCGACUUCAGCGCCUGCUCCCAGGCCGCGCUGCUCCUGUCGCUCCUUUGGAUGCCGGCGCUGCUGCCUGUGGCCUCCCGCCUCCUCUCGCUGCCCCGCGCCCUGACGGCCAUGGCUUCAGGAAGCCCCCCGGCCCAGCCCUCGCCGGCCGCGGACUCCGGUUACGUUCCGGGCUCGGUCUCUGCAGCCUUCGUGACCUGCCCCAAUGAGAAGGUCGCCAAGGAGAUCGCCAGGGCUGUGGUGGAGAAGCGCCUGGCAGCCUGCGUCAACCUCAUCCCUCAGAUUACAUCCAUCUAUGAGUGGAAAGGAAAGAUUGAGGAGGACAGUGAGGUGCUGAUGAUGAUUAAAACCCCAAGUUCCUUGGUGCCAGCUUUGACAGAUUUUGUUCGCUCUGUGCACCCUUACGAAGUGGCUGAGGUGAUCUCCUUGCCUGUGGAGCAGGGGAACUCCCCAUACCUGCGCUGGGUGCACCAGGUUACAGAGGCAGCUUCUGACCCCAGCACAGUCCCACCAUGACGAGCCCUGUUCCUGCCACCUUCCCUUCCAUACUUCAGGGCCCUCUGACCUGGGCCCCUAAUACCUCUGACCUGGGCCCCUAAUAAAUCCUGCCUUUGGUUCUUUCUG